AUGUGGAAUCAGGAAGGAUCAAUGCCUAGGGCACGCAUUUCACCAGGCAUUGUUAUUGAUCAGACCAAUAUAAAUGUUCUAAUUUUGCUCUGUUUACGACCAACCCGUUAUGAUCCGAUGGCCAAAAAUGUGGACGCAUCGAAGCAUCUAAUACCUCUCAUUUACAAUAUACAAUCGAAUACAGUUGCACGUCGAAGUAGCGGUGCUGAUGAUGAUGCAAGCAAUGCAACAAUUGUAUUGUCGAAUGUUUCGGAGCAAUAUUCACUCACAAAUGAGCCGGCACUAUGGCCAGCGGUCUUCUCACUCGCCCAUAAUUUCUCCGUAAACAGCCAGCAUUGA